AUGCGACACUUAGAGGAGUCGAGAAACCCAGCUCUUCGCAACAGGCCUACUGACGAACAUACAAAGGAAAUACUUGAACUCGUGAGAAAGCGAGCGGAAGAGGACUUAAAAAACGCAAAUCUUAAUUUCGACCAAGCCCUGCUAAGGCGAGUAUCGGUAACUCGGCCAAAUGAGCCACUGCCGUCGAUUCGAGUUGAUUAUGACCAUGACAAUUGGCUAAAGAGAAGGAGCUGUCCAGCGGGACUUGACAACGAGGAAGCAGACACAAGUUUAACGUCAAGAUGGAGGUCUUUGAGCGAUGCGCCUUUGCUUGAACUGAGAAAUCGUUCUCCGAGGGAACGCACGGUGUCAUCCCCCGCGAGUGAUACAUCGGCAACAUCGCGGCGUGGAAGAACGCGAAGACUGUCAAAUAUUCUUCCUCCUUUAGAAUCGACAAAGGAGGGUUUUGAAAGACCGAACUGUGUUCCUUCGCGUCGCCACAGUGGCUUUUUGCUACAACCGAAGGAAGAUAUAAAUAUGAACUUAACUUACGACGAGGAAUGA